AUGUCAGAAAAAAUUGAAUCACUUGGUUGGGAUGAUUUAGAUAAAUUCAAGUAUUAUACUAUUGGACCUUCUAUUUAUUUUGGUAUACGAUUUACUUUAUAUCCUGCCAAUCUAAUCAAAACACGAUUACAAGUACAGAGAGGUACUGGGAUUUAUACCGGCACUUUUGAUGCAUUCAAAAAGAUACUGCGUUACGAAGGAUUACGAGGCUUAUAUAAAGGAUUCCUUGUCAAUUCAGUUAGUUUAGGUAUUGGCCAGAUUUACAUUACUGCCUACGAGAUUGUUAGGCAAAAAUUACAAUCAAAUUAUGUUAGCGAAGCUACUCGAGGCUUUGUUGCUGGUGGUGCGGCUUCCGUUAUUGCUCAAUCAUUUGGAGUACCGAUUGAUAUUGUGUCACAAAAACUAAUGGUACAAGGUCAACAGGCACCGGAAAACACACGACUGAUCGUCCAUUCGCCAUCAGAAAUCCUGCAGCAGCAGCAUCAUCAUGCCUUAAAAUCGGCUAAAACUAUCGCUAAUGAAAUUUGGAAAGCUUACGGAAUACGUGGAUUUUACCGUGGAUACUUAAUAUCUAUCUUAACAUUUGGUCCUAGCAGCGCAAUUUGGUGGGGUUCUUAUGCUGCCUAUAACAACUUAUUAAGCAAAUUUAUACCUCCUAAUACACCGCAUCUAGUGGCACAAGCUACUGCUGGGGCCACAGCUGGUAUCACGUCAGCGGUUCUAAUCAAUCCAGUUGAUGUUAUCCGUACCAGAAUGCAGGUACUGGAUACUAAAUCUAUCAUUGCAACUACAAAGACUUUAAUACAAGAAGAAGGUCUAGCUGGAUUUACAAAAGGGAUGAGCGCCAGAGUUAUUUCUAUGGCCCCGUCAAGUAUUAUUAUAAUUAUCAGUUAUGAAACUAUUAAGAAUUUAAGUGCCAAAAAGAAAUGA